AUGGCGCUGUCCCUCGCCGGCGAGUCGGUCCCCGCCGACGGCGGAGACGCGCUCGGGAUGAGCUCCGCCAGCCUCGCUGCCCACUACCCCCCUUUCCUCCCUCCCGCCCCGUACUUCGAGGCGGCCCCCGACUUCUUCCAGCCCCUGAAAUCCCUAGGCGGGCUGGUCCCUGCCUCCCCGCCUCCGCCCCCCUUCAGCUUCAGCAGCGUCCCCGCUUUCCUGGGCCAGCCGCCCCCCCUGCCCGCCGAACCCUUUCUCGGCCUCCCCCUGCCCCUCUACGCCAAGCCACCGGCCCCCUUCCCCCCCAGGGAGGGCUCCCCGGGGGCCGGCGGGCCGGCGGGGCAGAGCUACAGGUACCACUUCACCGAGGAGGAGCUCAACGCGGUGCUGUACGGGGCGCUCCGCAGCAGCCAGCUGGCCGGGAGCCUCCACGCCAUCUCGGGGCUCCGGGUGCCCCCCGCCAGCCCGGGUAAGGGGGUCUCCGGCGAGUGCGCAAGGGGCAGCGGGCGGCACCGGGCGGAAGGUCGCUCCUCGCGGCCGGGUGCGCCCGGCGCCGGGCUGAAGAGGGGGUCCCUCUUCUGCAGGUGCUGCGGACUCCUCCUCUGCCCCGCUGCUCGACAGGGACUCGCUGCAGCUGCCCGAAGGUAGGGGCCCGGCGCUGCCUGCGCCCCCCGCCGCGCCCAGCCGCGGCCGAGCCGAGCCGCGCCGCGCUCAGCCUGCCCUGUCCCCGCAGGGCUCUCGGUGCUGCGGGUGGCGUACGGGGACGUGUCUCAGCUCGGAGUCUUCUGCACGGACCCCAUCCCCAAAGGAGUCCGCUUCGGCCCUUUCCAAGGCAAAGUGGUCAACACCAGCGAGAUCAAGACUUACGACGACAACUCGCUGAUGUGGGAGAUCUUUGAAUACGGGCGCCUGAGCCACUUCAUAGACGGGAAGGGCGCCUCUGGCAACUGGAUGUCCCUGGUCAACUGUGCCAGGUUCCCCGAGGAGCAGAAUUUGACGGCUAUCCAGUGCCAGGGGCAAAUCUUCUACGAGAGCUGCAAGGAAAUCUUACCGAAGCAGGAGCUGCUGGUGUGGUACGGCGAUUGCUACGUGCAGUUCCUGGGGAUCCCCAUCAGCCUGAAGGGCAUGCCGGAGGGGAAGGGGCCCCCGCAGCACCCCGAAGAAGCCGGGGAGAGCUUUAAGUGCGAGCGCUGCGGCAAGGUUUUUGCCUACAAGUACUACCGGGACAAGCACCUCAAGUACACCCGCUGCGUGGACCAGGGGGACCGCAAAUUUCCUUGUCACCUCUGUAACCGAUCCUUUGAAAAAAGGGACAGGCUGAGGAUCCACAUUCUCCACGUUCACGAAAAGCACAGACCUCACAAGUGCUCAGUGUGCGGGAAGAGCUUUUCUCAGUCCUCUAGCCUGAACAAACACAUGAGGGUUCACUCCGGGGAGCGCCCCUACAAAUGUGUCUACUGCAACAAGGCAUUCACAGCAUCCAGCAUCCUGCGCACUCACAUCCGCCAGCACUCGGGGGAGAAGCCCUUCAAGUGCAAACACUGUGGCAAAGCCUUCGCCUCGCACGCAGCCCACGACAGCCACGUGCGCCGCACGCACAGCAAGGAGAAGGGCUGCACUUGCUCGGUGUGCGGCCAGCACUUCCCGGAGCAGGAGGAUUACCACUUCCACAUGAAGAUUCACGCCGCUCAUUAG